CUCUGUGGGAAAAAAAAUCGGAAAAAAAAUGCGAGAGGUAGCCUAAUGGCACAGCUAGCACCAGGACGUUAACGACAAAGUUUCGCUCUAGUGGUACGGUACAGUCACGAGAGAACAAGCAGUUUUCACAGGUAGACUUAAUUAAAUGUCAUUUCCGGUAUAUAAGGACGUUUGACUAUUCCUUCUAUGAAAAAUCUGCUGUUUCAUUCUCCCUGCGGGACACACGACGACAUUUCUUCACUGUAUGAAUCAGCCGUAGUUGCGCUGUUGUAGGAGGGGUGGUGGUAAGCUAGCUUAAUUACUGUCAAAACCUGAAACUGAACAGUCGGGCGGACAUCCUGGUCAUAGCACUUGCAUUUUAAAGUUCCUGUUGUAUCGGUCAGUGCCAAAGUCUCAUCAUGUUUAGCUGGUCCAAAAGAGACGGGAAAAAAGAUCCAGAAUUAUUUCAGAAUGUCACAGAGGGGCUACGUCGGUUGUACCGAACAAAACUCUUUCCACUGGAAGACGCUUAUCGUUUCCAUGAGUUCCACUCACCGGCACUGGAGGACGCCGAUUUUGACAACAAACCCAUGGUACUCCUGGUUGGUCAGUAUUCAACCGGCAAAACAACCUUUAUUCGGCACUUGAUGGAGCAGGACUUUCCAGGUAUGAGGAUAGGCCCAGAGCCAACUACAGAUUCCUUUAUUGCCGUAAUGCACGGUGAGCAGGAAGGUGUGAUACCUGGAAACGCCUUAGUGGUUGACCCCAAGAAACCCUUUCGUAAACUCAACGCAUUUGGCAACGCUUUUCUGAACAGGUUUAUGUGCGCUCAGAUGAACAACCCAGUCUUGGAGAGUAUCAGUAUCAUCGAUACUCCAGGAAUCUUGUCUGGAGAAAAACAGAGAAUCAGCAGGGGCUAUGACUUCGCCGCCGUGCUGGAGUGGUUCGCCGAGCGCGUGGACCGCAUCAUCCUGCUGUUCGACGCCCACAAGCUGGACAUCUCGGACGAGUUCUCGGAGGUCAUCCGCGCGCUCAAGAACCACGAGGACAAGAUGCGCGUGGUGCUCAACAAGGCCGACCAGAUCGGCACGCAGCAGCUGAUGCGCGUCUACGGCGCCCUCAUGUGGUCGCUGGGGAAGAUCAUCAACACGCCCGAGGUGGUGCGCGUCUACAUCGGCUCCUUCUGGGCGCAGCCGCUGCUCGUGGCCGACAACCGCAAGCUGUUCGAGGCCGAGGAGCAGGACCUGUUCAGCGACAUCCAGGGCCUGCCGCGCAAUGCCGCCCUGCGCAAGCUCAACGAUCUCAUCAAGCGAGCGCGCUUGGCUAAGGUGCAUGCUUAUAUAAUCAGCUCCUUGAAGAAGGAGAUGCCAAGCGUGUUUGGGAAGGACUCCAAGAAGAAGGAGCUGAUAGCCAAGCUGCCGGAGAUCUACGCCUCCAUCGAAAGGGAACACCAGAUUUCACCUGGAGACUUCCCUAAAGUUAAGAAGAUGCAGGAGAUCCUUAUCAAUCAGGACUUCACGAAGUUCCCAUCGCUGAAGCCCAAGCUGCUGGAGGCUGUGGACGACAUGCUGGCCCAUGACAUCGCCAAGCUGAUGACCCUGGUGCGGCAGGAGGAGGCCUCCAUGCCCACCCAUACAGUCAAGGGUGGUGCUUUUGAGGGGACCAUGAACGGCCCGUUUGGACAUGGCUACGGCGAGGGAGCGGGCGAAGGCAUUGACGAGCUGGAGUGGAUCGUGGCGCGCGACAAGCCCUCCUACGACGAGAUCUUCUACACGCUGUCGCCCGUCAAUGGCAAGGUGUCCGGCGCCAUGGCCAAGAAGGAGAUGGUCAAGUCCAAGCUGCCCAACACUGUGCUCGGCAAGAUCUGGAAGCUGUCGGACGUGGACAAGGACGGGUACCUGGACGACGAGGAGUUUGCGCUGGCCAACCACCUGAUCAAGGUCAAGCUGGAGGGCCACGAGCUGCCCGCGACACUGCCCGACCACCUGGUGCCGCCCUCCAAAAGAGGGCAGGAGACCAUGUGAGCGAGGAGACUGUGGAGGAGAUGAUGGAUUUCAUUGCAGUGUGGGUUUAAACCAAAACAAACAAACAAAAAUAAACAAACAAACAAAAGAUCAAAUGUGCCAGUGAGAGACCUUACAUUUGGUGGACGUGUUCUUCAGAGGGGUUGGUACAAAACAAAGUGAACUUUGAACUUGUGUUUAGGGGUACGUUUUGGUGGUACUGCAAGGGACAACUAUUGUGACCGAGAUGUUACACCUCAUGCAUUUUAAGAGAAAAUCCAGUUCUCAUAGGAGUGCUAAAUGUGAUUAAUAUAUAUAUAUAAAAAUGAUAUACAUUAUACAUCACCCUUUUCCAGAGUUAAUAUGUCUAACUUAUUCUUUUAGUUUUGUCUGUUUUGUAUUUUCAAUGUUGGACAGCUAUGAGAAGUUUUUCUGUUCAUUUUACUCCAGUUUUUCUCCUUUAUGUGCAGUUUGCAGUUGUGCUUUGCUCAUAUAGGACUGGGAACUCAGAAGUCCUCAAAAGCUUUCACCUUCUACUUCAGAAUAGACCACUGUGCUAUGUAUGAUAUGGAACGAUGUCUUAAGGGUGACAUUGAUUGAGUUGUGUUUGAGAUCCCCAUACAUUAUAUGCAGUACCGGUGUUUGCUGUUCCAAGAUCUGUCCAAGUGCAUCGUUAUCAAACUCCAUUUACGAAUGCAUGAUUAAUGUCUUGUGAGAAGAUUUGACAGACGUGAUGUGUAAGCCGUUGUACAUCCGGUUCAGAAACUACCAUUAAAGGCGUGUCUAAAACCAA